AUGGUCGAAAGAUCCUAUCAUUCGAUUAGAGCGAACAAACCUAACAGAUCGUCACAGAAAUCAGUCUCGAGAAGGAUACGAACUGCUUCGACACUAAGAGAAACAUUUGGGUACAUAUUUUCUAUCAAAUAAUUGUAAAUAAACACUCAAACUUUACAGGAGUCAGGUUCUUCGUGAAUUAGAUCUCAAAAACAGUGUAGAAUGUCCGUCGCUGGAUAAAAUUCUCUCUUUCUAUCACUUCCCUUGGACCAAAAUCCGUCACAAAAAAGACGUGCAGAGAAAGAAGCGAUCAACUCUCUAUUCUUUUUAUUUCGAGCAAGUAAACAAAGGAAGAAUACAGGUAUCUGCUCAGAAAAACUUCAUUGUCAUCUAUUUCAUUAUCUAGUUUUCCUUCAUCCUUUUGCUGAGCAUAUGCAUCUCUGAAACUAUAUUCGCAUCACUUGGCAGUACAUGGAUAAAGUUUUCAAUUUUAUGCAUUCUCACUGUUUACUCACAUCCGAAAAUUCCUUCAAGUAUUUUGUUGAUUUCAGAUAGCCAUAUCGAUACUAUCAUUUUUUCAUGCAAAGAGAACGGAGCUCAUCUGCAUCACAUACAUUUUUUCAUGCGUGGUAUUUCAUGAGAUCAUGUCACAAAUAAACUUCUGAAUACAGGUAAUUUCUGCGUGUUCGUCAAUGAGAACAUCAGUGACUUAUCUGCUAAUAUUUUCAACAUAUUCACUUUUACCAAUGUCUUUCAUGCUGAUGGUAUGUUAGACCAUCAGAGCACGGUUCAUUCGUAUUUUUCAGCUUUUUUCGUCAUUUUCACUUACUUUGCUUGUUGUCUCUGUAGAAGUGUAUUUGGAUUACACAAUUGGCGUUGAUAUAGUGAGUUUAUCGUUAUUGCCACCGUAUUCUGAAAAUCGCGCUUUACGAGCGAUAGAGCGAGAUUACCACACUGCGGCAGCAAUAGCAAAAAAAAAGGUGUUUGCAGAUGCUCACUCGAAUAAUGAUGGUGAUCUUGGCGAACAUCAUUGGAAGUUUGGUCUACUACCCAACAGAAUUCGUCCAAAGGAAAACAUUCCACGAGACCAGGUUAGGUUUGAAGCAUCGAAAAUUCAGUAUAUUCAUCUUCUGAAGGAAGUGUGUGCAGUCUCGAAUGCUUUUGGAUCAGGAAAUGCAUCGCCAAGAGAAAAUACUGUUGUCGGUUCUUCCAAAACACAUUGCGUUCGAAGUGAAAAAGGACAUGCAAGAGACUCACGAGGAACGGUUGUUCCAUAAGAUUUAUAUCAGAAAGUAUGAGGACAUCAGGUAUGAUCAAUCAACAACUAAAAAAUAGGUACGAGUUCUUCAGUAUUCUUUUCGCUGAUAUUUGCGGAUUCACCAAUCUAGCUUCUGAAUAUAAUCCGCAAGACUUGGUACUGAUGCUGAACGAGUUGUUCGCACGCUUUGACAAAGUGGCAUCGAUACAUCAGUGCAUGAGAAUCAAGAUUCUUGGUGACUGUUACUAUUGCGUGUGUGGAGUUCCCGAGUAUCAAAAGAAUCACGCGAUUAACACAGUGGAAAUGGGACGCGACAUGAUUGAAGCAAUCAGACUGGUACGAGAGAUGACGCUGGUCAAUGUGAACAUGAGAGUUGGAAUACAUACGGGAAAGGCGCACUGCGGAGUGCUCGGAUUGAAAAAGUGGCAGUUUGAUGUAUGGAGCAACGACGUGACUUUGGCCAACCAGAUGGAGAGUGGAGGGCUACCGGGGUAUGAGCUUUUUAGUUGACAAACUAUGAAAAUUGGUUGUAGGCGCGUUCAUAUAACCGAUGCUACCCGUAAAUACCUUAACGGAGCCUAUAUACUGGAGCCCGGCAAUGGAGCGAGUAGGUCCAAGUUCCUAGAGAAAGAGAAGAUUAUCACUUGGCUGGUAGUGGAUAAAAACAAAGAUUACAAAGCUGACAGCAAGGAAACUAUGGAUAAUCCGCUGUCAGUUCCAUGGAAAUCGACCGUAAAGAUGUGUAUACAUGAAUAUUUGAGUAAUUGAGAGUUUAGAGAGGAAUUAGUAAACAGGAAAGAUUGACGGGAAUGUCAACAAGGAAUAGAGGAGCAAGCACGAGGAAUGGAGCAUCCGAAGAAGAAGUUCUCGUAGAUAACGUGGAUUCACAUCUCCGGCAAGGCAUACAAGCAAUUCAUCAAGAAAAUUGGAAAAACAUGUAUUGUCAAAAGUGGUCUUUGAAGUACAAGCAAGUCAGAGUGGAGAAUAAGGUCAGAACCUAAACUUGGACUGUUAGGAACUUAUUAAUGUUUGCAGUUUGUGCGAAUGAAAUAUAAAGACGUCCCAUUCCAAGUGAUUAUUUACAUUGCUAUUAUUGCCACCUGCAUUGGGAUAAAGUUUGGACUUGCAAACCUUUUUCAAUUUUUUUUUAUCCCUCAAAUGUUCAUUGUCAUCACUAGUGUUUUGAUAUUCGUUUCGACUAGGGUGAGUUCUUGGACACCAAAUUACACUCAUUCCACCUGAUCAGAAGAAGAAUUUAUUUUCAGUUACUCAUCAAGCAUGCGCGGUUGGUCACUCUCGUCGUAGGAGUUCUUUUCGUUCUACUCUCCGUACAAAUUGUCAUCCUUUUGAGAAUGUACCAGAGCGAAUUGUUGUGUGAUGUAGAAACUUGCUUCAAAAACAACUAUACUGACUUCCUGGAAAUCUUUGAGAUUUGCGCGCUCGCCACGUGCGUUAUUCUCUCUGUCGAUUUUAUGACAAAGGUCGGUUUUAGGUUCUUCAUUAUACAUAUUGCAUCCGCAGAAGUCUGGCAAUUGCGCUCUGCCGCUCUCCACGUGAUUUCAAUGCUAAAUUGGAAAAGGUCGCGAUCGCGGCCGAGAUUUCACGUGGUAUUGCUGUAGAGCGACAUUGCCAGAAUUUUGAGAUACUAAUAAGGUAGUUCUUUCCAGCUUUUGAUGACUAUGAUCUAUUUCUUGUUCUUCCUAGUUUUCAUCACAAUUGAGCUCUUUAACGUUCAGAAACACGAGACGUGGGUUUUGCCAGAAGCUCCAACAAAAAGUAUAAUAUUUGUUUUCAGACUUUUCACUGUUUACGCAAACACAUGUGUUUUGGCAUCGUUGACUCUUCUUUUAUUCAUUUUCAGUUCUAGAAAGAGUGAACUCAUUUCCAGAUAUGAUUUUAUCUGGAAGUUACAGGUAAAACUCUUUCACAAAAACAUCCAUGAUCUCGUUAGUGCAUUAAACUCGCUCAACCGCAAUCCCACGUGAAAACCCGACCGCGACCGCGACCUUUUCCAAUCUAGCACUGAACUCACGCGAAAAGCGGUAGAGCGCGAUUGCCAGACUUCUGUGACUGCAAUAUGUUCGGUUAAUUGUAAAAUCUGCGCCCUUUUUCGUGCAAAUUAUGAGCCGAUGGAACCGCUGACAAGUAAUUCUCCCUAAGUGUAAUGAACUGAAGUGGCUUGGCAUUGUUGACGGAGGGAGGCUACGUCUAAUCAAAACUGUGCUACAUCGAUACAGUACUAUCUGCAGUUUUGCUACGAGGGGAGUUCUGUACAAGGACAAUUCUGAUCCGGGAGAGUUCUGGGGUAGCUUCGAACUAAUAUCUGCCGGUUUUGGGUAGGAAAAAAGCGGCGAAGCUGCUUUCGAGCGUCAACAAGUCUUACGAUGGAUACAGAAAAAUUAAACAUUCGUUUCAGGCACUUGACGAGCAACUGCAGAUGAGGAGUAAGCACGAGCAGAACAGAAGCGUACUGGAGAACAUUCUACCGUCUCACGUUGCCAAACAUUUUGUUGAAGACGCGAGUAGCUUCUCGAAGCUCUACCAUGAAGCUCGAGACAACGCUUGCAUCAUGUUUGCAACACUCACCGACUUUGAUAAGUUCUAUAUCGAAUGCGACGGAAAUAACGAAGGUGUGGAGUGUCUGCGAUUGCUCAACGAAAUAAUUUCUGAUUUUGACGAGCUAUUAGACAGAGAAGAGUUCAAGAAGAUUGAGAAGAUAAAAACCAUUUCCACGACGUAUAUGGUGGCGAGUGGACUAGCUGGAGAAGUUCGCAAUUGCCAGCUUCUUCUCGAAUACGCUUAUUUUUAGGAGAAUGGAAGAAAUUCGCAUGUGGACGCGAUUGCUCUCUUUUCACGAGAGCUACUUUCUAAACUUACGACGAUCAACGAGCACAGUUUCAACAACUUCAAUCUGAGAAUUGGAAUAAAUGUAGGGCCCGUAGUGGCUGGAGUAAUCGGCAGUGAUAAGCCCCAUUAUGAUAUUUGGGGGAACAGUGUGAAUGUGGCGAGCAGAAUGGACAGUUCAGGAGUACCUGGAAAAAUACAAGUGAGUCAUCAAAGAAGCUUAAGCUUAAGAUCAAAGAAGUUAGAACAGUUGAACUUUUCAGGUUACGGAAGAAGUAAAAGUCAUAUUAGAACCUUACGGGUAUCAGUUUGAAUGUCGUGGUCAAAUCAAUGUCAAAGGAAAGGGUAUGAUGACAACUUACUUUUUGCUUGGCAAUUAA